GCGUCAUCGCUGUGCGCUCUGGAAGUUCGGCGGUGUCCAUGGAGUUGUUGGCCGAGUACGUCGGGCAGGACGGGCAGCGACAGCAGCUACGGGUGCCCUGUGAGGCGCCGGGCGUCGCCGACCCUUUCCAGGGCUUGUUGUCGGGCGUGGCUAAGAUGAGGGAGCUGGUGACCAACCUCCUCGGCUCCCCGGUACAGCGGGAAGCACAGGACCGGGUGGCGGCGGCUCCAGAGAAGGCGUUGGACGGUGAUGAUGAAGAUGAUGCAGAAGAUGAAAAUAACGUUGAUAACAGAACUAACUCAGAUGGACCCUCUGCAAAACGGCCAAAAACACCAACUUAACUGUAGCUUUUAUGAAAUUUAAAAGACUGCUAUGAUAUCUUAUUUAUCACACACUGACAUUUAAGGAAGACUUGUGCUCUAAUUUGGAAAGCAUUUGCUUUGUUCCUCUGGGACAAUUUUGUCAAAGAAGAAGGUUUUCUGCUGUUUCCAUCAAAGAAAGAUAGAAUAAAUGUUUAGAAAGGAAUCUUUUUUCUUGAGUGAGAAGUAAGUUUCAGACCAUGGAGAUAAAAUAGACAUUUAAUAAUGUAUAAAAUCCA